AUGAAGUUUGGCCGAAACCUCCCUCGAAACCAAGUCCCGGAAUGGGCAUCGGCCUACAUCAACUACAAGGCCCUGAAGAAGCUCAUCAAGGCGGCUGCCGAGAGUGAAAAGCAGGAUGGCGCUCUCGAUCUUGCCGGCUUUUUCUAUACGCUGGAUCGCAAUCUUGAAGACGUUGACCACUUCUACAACAAAAAGUUCCAAGACUUCUCCCGCCGCCUGAAACUCCUCGAAGACCGCUACGGUAGCUCCUCUCACUCCGUCCACCUCCUCGACCCUGAUGAGCGGGAAGACUUGAUGGCGGCGCUACUCGAGUUGCGAGGUCAGCUACGCAAACUCCAGUGGUAUGGAGAGGUCAACAGGAGGGGGUUCAUCAAGAUCACAAAGAAGCUGGACAAGCGAAUUCCGGCUGCCAAAGCCCAGAAGAGAUAUUUGGAAUUGAAGGUCGAUCCGUCGGCCUUUGCGACAAAUGCGCAGUUGUUCGCCUCCUUGAACAAGAUCAACGAAUCUAUUGCCCUGAUGAGCGAAGUCCCGACCGCCACGGAACAUGAUGAUGUCGCUUCUGUUUCUUCGUUGUCGAUCAAACGGACGACAUCAAGGCCAACACUGGACAUCUCCUCGGAGCAACUGGCAAAAGUUGAGGCAAUCAUCCGUCAAGAUGAUGCCAAAGGCAUCGAGGAGUGGGUCAACGAGACGAGCACAUCGGCCACGGAGAGCUCUGAACCUGCACGGCAACAGCUUUUGAAGACACUGCUUCAAAGGGCCAUAACGAGCCGGAGUAAGGAAUGCACAGCUUAUCUGUUGCGUGAAAUUGUCUUUUUGGACGACCACGAUGAUAUCAACCAGCGGAACUGCAUCCAUCGGUUGAUCAUUUCGAUCGGCCGAAAGCAGGCGAACCGUGACCAUGACCCUACCAUCGCGCAAGUGCCAGGGGUCGAUAACGAGCCGUACAAUUUCAUCACACCUGCCGCAGAGCCCGCGACACAGUUCAAACGGCCCGUCGUACAGGAUGACCAACGGAGUCGGAUUUUGACCCGCGAUGAUGCCUCGGUUGCUUUUCUAGAGUUUCUGCUCGAUAACCUGCAGCCCGUGCAACGCCCUGGACUGUUGGCCAGGGACAGUGCCGGGCGGACGCCUUUGCAUUUCGCGGCCGAAUACGGCAUUCGAGUCAUGUGUGAGAUCAUCAUUGAGCAUCUCAAGGCCUGGAAGCUCUUCAAUGUCUCGAACGGUAUUGAUGGUCCCCAGUGGCAGGACAAUGAGGGCUGGGCACCGUUACACCUCAGCGUGAUGGGCGGCCACCCUUUGACGACCAAGGCUUUGCUUGACGCAGAGGAAAGUGUGGCCCUCGAUAUACCGCGCACAUCAAUCCGUCAAAGCUCCCUAAAAUCCUCUGUCGCAUUGGCCCUGGCGACGAAAGCAAAUUUCGUUGAGAUAGUACGUCUCUUGAUCAAUGCCGGGGUCGACAUAAACUACCAAGAUGAUCAAGGGGACACAGCUCUUCAUGUGGCUGCAAGAUUCGGCCAUUCUGAAUGUGCUCGUUUAUUGCUUGAAGGCUCCGAUAUUCAGAAGGCAAAUACUGAGCUUUGCGAAAACACUUAUUCGUGGACCCCAUUGUUCAUCGCCUGCGUGGACGGCCACCUGCCAGUUGUGGACUUACUCAUCGAACAUGGCGCCGAUCUUGAGCGUGUGGACUCCUCUGGUUGGAACGCCAAAGAACACGCAGCGUUGAGGGGUCACGUGAACAUUGCGCAACGACUUGAUAGCAUCAUGUCCGGAGCUGAGGUCGAUCCGGAUUCGUCGCUAGGGGCAUCUCCUCCAAAGGUAUCUCCUUCUCUGAACGAGAGAACCUCGAACGGCCUGGGCUCUCAGGCCCCGACCAUCAAGAUCAGCGAACCGAUCAAGACCUUCGGACAUCGAUAUCUAACUGACACCAGUAUGAUCCUGGUCAGCCUGGGGACGAUGGACACGAGGAAGAGUAUACGAGCGGUCAACCUCGAUCGAAUCCCGAUAACGAAUGCGCACAACACACAGCUUGAUACUGCGCUUUCACUUGUGGUUUCAGCAAAAGGUGCAGAGGGUGAAGCUGAAGUCAUUGACUUGCCUGUGCAAGAUAACAUCGCCACAGAGCCCAUCGUGUUCCAUGCAAAAGACAUUUCUACGGUGAAAUUGCUUUUUGACCUUGUCCCUACGUAUGCUGGAUCCAGGGAACGUGUCGUCGGCAGGGGAGUCGCCUUGCUUUCCAGCAUCAAGCCCAACAUAGGGACGAAACGUAUGCCGCUUCAGGGAGAUGUCACUGUACCCAUUGUGGCAGCCAACGACCUGGAGGUCAUCGGCUCCGUCACGUUCAACUUCCUCGUCAUCACCCCGUUCAAACAUCCAAAUAUGGUGGUCACGGAGAAUCAGACGUAUUGGAAGAGUAUGGCAUCGACCAUGGUCAUUGGCCAUCGUGGGUUGGGUAAGAACUUGGCCGCUGGCAGAAGAUCAUUGCAACUUGGGGAGAAUACCAUUCAGUCAUUUAUUGCCGCCGCCAACUUGGGAGCUUCAUAUGUCGAAUUCGAUGUGCAACUUACCAAGGACCAUGUUCCUGUCAUUUAUCACGACUUUCUCGUUAGCGAGACUGGUAUUGAUGCUCCGGUUCACACCCUUACCCUGGAGCAGUUUCUUCACGUCAACGACAUGCGCACACCACGACAUUCCCGGCCUGCUUCGCCUGUGCCAGUGGAGAACCCUAAGAUCAGCAGUCUCAAAAAUAGCGACCCCCGAUUACCUAGAAUGAGAUCCAUGUCCGUGGGCGGCUCGGAUCGUGAUGAUACGGUCGACAUGGCCGAACGCAUGAAACACACUCGGGACUUCAAGAAGAAGGGGUUCAAGGGCAACAGUCGUGGUAACCAUAUCCAAGCGCCGUUUGCCACCUUGGAAGAGAUGUUUAUUAAACUGCCUACGAAUGUUGGGUUCAACAUUGAAAUGAAGUAUCCCAUGCUCUCGGAAAGUGAGGAGGAAGAAAUGGACACAUAUGCCGUUGAACUGAACUCGUUCGUCGACACGGUGCUGAGCAAAGUGUACGAGAUGGGCAAGGGACGCAACAUCAUUUUUUCAAGCUUCAACCCGGACAUAUGCUUGUUGCUGUCGUUCAAACAGCCCAGUAUACCCGUGUUGUUCCUCACGGAUGCUGGAACGAGCCCGGUAGGUGACAUUCGGGCAACAAGUUUACAAGAAGCCAUUCGGUUUGCGUCUCGAUGGAAUCUACUGGGUGUCGUGAGUGCAGCGGAACCAUUGGUCGCGGCACCGAGACUUGUCAGGGUCGUCAAGGAGAGCGGACUCGUUUGUGUCAGUUACGGGGUUUUGAAUAACGAUGCGGCCAAGGUCAAGUUACAAGUCAAGCAAGGCAUCGAUGCCGUCAUUGUGGACAAUGUAUUGGCUAUCCGACGUGGGUUGACGGGAGAAGACGGCAAGAGGGAUUCGCAGAGUAACGGCAGCGGCGGAAACUCAAACGGGAAUCGCAAAAGCAUUACUGGAAGUUUAGGAAAGAGCUUGAUGGGGAGCACGGAGAGUCUGGAAAUCCCUGUACCUGUCAGCGUGGAGAAGACGACUGAGUCGGAAGAGAUUAGGAUCCAGGUGAAAAAGGAAGAGAGGGAUGAGGGAAAAGUAAACGGUGGGAAGUGA